AUGAAGCUCCUCCUGCUGCUGCUGGUGAUGAUGAUGAAGAUAUCUGGCAGCAGCAUGAUGAUGGAGACGAUCUCAGACCGAGGAACCAGAACCAGACGCUACGCCAUCAACCCCCUGGGACACAAGUGGACUCACCACAACAUCACAUACAGGAUCAUAAAGUUCCCCAACACCCUGAACAAGGAGGACACCCGGAAGGCCAUCAGCAUCGCCUUCACCAAGUGGAGCGACGUGUCGCCGCUGACCUUCACCGAGGUCACCAAUGGCAGCGCCACCGCUGACAUCACCAUCGGUUUCUACAUCUUUAACCACACCGACUGCUGGUGGUCUCCUCUCCAUCCGUGCUUCGACGGCCUGAACGGAGAGCUGGCUCACGCCUUCCUGCCGCCUCGAGGAGAGAUCCACUUCGACAACCACGAGUUCUGGAUCCUCGGGAAGUCCAGGUUCAGCUGGAAACAAGGUGUCUGGCUGAACGACCUGGUCCAGGUGGCGGCUCAUGAGAUCGGUCACGCUUUGGGGCUGUGGCACUCCAGAGACCCGGACGCCCUUAUGCAUCCCAACGCCACGUACACCGGGCAGAGAAACAUCGCUCAGGACGACGUGUGGGGGAUCCAGAGGCUCUAUGGAUGCCAGGAUAAGAAGAGGGUCUGUGAUCCAUGGGCUCGACUCGGAUUCUGCGAACGAAGGAAGACCUUCAUGAGGAAGAACUGUCCGCAGCGCUGUGACCUCUGCUACGAGCCCCUGGAUGUGGUCGCCACGCCAACGUCGCCCCCAUCCAACGUGAAGAUCAAGAUGGUUCCUCGAGGGAAGGUGGUGGGUUUCCGCUGUGGCACCAAAAGCCUCCGUUCUCCCCCUAAAGUCAGCUGGUACAAAGACGGCGAACAGAUCCUGACCUCCAUCCCCGGAUACAUCGUGAUGAAGGACAGAGACCUUCGCAUCGUUGCAAAUGAGUUCAACGAGGGCGUCUACACCUGCCGGAUCCACCGGCGUGGAGACAUCGUGUCCGCCAACUCCUGGGCCAUCCGGCUGAAACCAGAGCAGCCGUCCAACAGCUGAGAACGUCUGCAGGCGUCAACACAGGGACAACGAGGAGACACAUAUGGGGCGUAGCAACCCGAAGGAAAAGUCUACCAGUUUCUAGGGACACCACGUUCCCAAAGGACCCGUCUUAUGGGCAGACAUUGACAGAGAAUCCUACAGACCCAACAGACUCAUGGAUCAGAACUUUACCUCAUCUCCUCAGGACUGGUACUGAAGUCAGGGACAUCAAUGAGUUGCAGAAUGCUCUGCCAGAGUCAGGUUCAAGUCAGGAGAGCUUGAACCAUCAAUCAGUGGUCUAACUGGAGUUUAAGAUUUUGUUCUGGUCUCUACAACCUACACAGACCUGUCUGAACACCGCAGACCCAUGAGAUGCUCUUUGACCUCUCUCCACUUCACUUGCACCUUCCAACAGUGAUACUACUUAUGAGAGCCGGACAUCAUUGUACCUGGGCCUCAAACAUGGCUCAACAACCUCAGACUGGAUCACAUUGCCGGAACAAUAGAGGUUUCUGUUAUAUCAGCUUUAUCUGUGGACUUUUUCUGUGUCUCAACCAUCAGUUUCAACCUUGGUCUGGACAGGAAAUAGCAUCAUUGUCUUCACACCUGAUCUGGUAUUCUCUACUCGGUAUCAAUGACUCGGCUCUAACAGAACUGGCACAACGUCGAACUUUCAAACCCGAAGGUUAUCCAGGUCAGGCUGGGUCUCCAUCGGCACCAUGAGAAGAACCCUUCAGAGAACCUAGUUUGGGUUCCUAAUCUCACAGUCAGGCCGGAUAUUCAUUUCUGAUUUCAACUGGCGGUCCAUCUGAUUGGCUGAAUUUAUUUCUGUCAUACAGAGUAUUUUUACAGGGGUCUUUAAAGCUGCAGUAUGUAACUUUUAUUUAGUCUUUUAUUUGGAAAGGCAAGUUGCAAUUACAUUGUACAAUUCAACUUCCAACACAGUGGAAGUAUAAGAAGGAAUAGCAUAAGCCAAUCCAGGUUUUUUUUUUUUUUUUUACAGUAACCAAACAACCAUAACAGAAGAGUGAGUGGGGGGUAGAGGGGGGUCAGAUCUGAUUCUUCUUAAGUUAGGAGAAAAAAAAGAAAGAAAAGAAAACACAAUCAAGAGCAUAAUUUUGCCAUAAUCCUAAACCAGGGUACAAUACACAGCACAACAAUAUUUGCAUGUGAUUGACAGUAUGUAACUUUUAUAAACACUAUUUGUAAAUAUUUAUUGAAACUGUCACCAUGUUGUGACAGUUUGCUAUGAAUCAGAUAGUCUGCGAAAAAAAUUGAUUGACAGCGCUAAGCCCCGCCUCUUUUGCACUCAUCUUACACUAAGAAGGCGCUAAGACCUUCUCUGAUUGGUUGUUUCUGGUUAUGACUGGGAGAAAGCAGAGGAGCUCCAUGCCGUCUGGUGACAGUUUAAACAAAUAUGUAAAAAAACAUUUUUUAUAAAAGUUUUAUACUGCAGCUUUAAACUCCCACAGCCAACAUCUACCAGAUAACAAAAUUCUAGUUCCUAAUAUUGUGACGAUAGAAACUUUUUGAUAUGUAGAGCAGCUGCAAUAAACAUUGUUGGCUUCCAGUUG